GCAGGCGGCGGCUCGACCGUCCUUCCCGCAGCCCGGACGGGCUCGCGCAGCAUGGUUGACUAUGCCGUGGAGUAUGAUUAUGAUGCAGUGCAUGACGAUGAGCUAAGCAUUCGAGUUGGUGAAAUCAUAAGGAAUGUGAAAAAACUAGAAGAGGAAGGAUGGCUAGAAGGAGAGCUAAAUGGGAAAAGGGGCAUGUUCCCUGACAACUUCGUUAAGGAAGUUAAGAGAGAGACAGAAUCUAAAGAUGAUGAUGGCUUUCCAGUCAAGAGGGAAAGGCACGGAAAUGUAGCCGACCUUGUUCAACGUAUGAGCACUUAUGGGCUCCCAGCAGGAGUGUUUCAGCCUCAUUCCCAAUGUAAAGGCCUCAGGAAGAGAUCGAAAAAACACCAAUGUAAAGUUUUGUUUGAGUAUAUUCCUCAGAAUGAAGAUGAGUUGGAGCUGAAGCCAGGAGAUGUUAUAGACGUUAAUGAAGAGGUGGAAGAAGGCUGGUGGAGUGGAACCCUAAAUGGCAAGUUAGGCCUAUUUCCUUCUAACUUUGUAAAAGAGGUAGAAGUAAUAGACGAUGGAGAAACCCAAGAAGGCCUGGAUGGUGCAGAAUCUGUUUUUAUGGGCCCAAUCUCACCUGCAACUUCACCAGGGAAUGGUAUUGAGUCCGGACCUGCACUGAUACCUCAGCCAAAGAAAAUCCGAGGAGUUGGGUUUGGUGAUAUUUUUAAAAAAGGCUCAGUGAAGCUUAAGACAAGAUUGUCCAGUAAUGAUUCAGAAGAGAAGAAGCAAGAUAAGCCAUUACCUACUAAUCCGUCUGGAUCUAAACUAACCCACGUGCCUGGUGUAACCAAAUCAGAAAUGGCAACAGAGAUAGCAAAGGCAGAAACUGAAAGCAAACAGAAAGCUAAGGAAUAUUGCAAGACCUUGUAUGCCUAUGAAGGUACCAAUAAGGAUGAACUUAGUUUUAAAGAAGGUGAUAUUAUUCAAAUAGUAAGUAAGGAUACUGGAGAGGAAGGAUGGUGGAAAGGUGAACUUAAUGGUAAAGAAGGAGUUUUUCCAGACAACUUUGCAGUUCAGAUUCCUGAAUCUGAUAAAGAUUUCCCAAAGCCAAAGAAACCGCCACCUCCUGCAAAAGGUCCAGGUUCAAGGCCAGAGCUUCUGCCUGUGGAGAAGAAGUUUCCUGUUUCUAAGAAUGAAGAAAAAGAUGAAAAAGCAGUAUUGGAUCAGAAGACAUCUAAGCCAGUAGCUCCUCAAGUACCACCCAAAAAGCCUGUCCCUCCAAGCAAGGCUAAUAGCAUAUUAAGACCCGGGAAUUUGCAUCCAAAAUGGCCAGAUAAACCAGUCUUGCAGCCACCAGUAUCUAAGACAAAUGGAGAAGCUGCUUCCUGGCGACUAAAAUCUGAAAUUGAGCCAGCAGUGAAACCAAAGUUAGACUCUGAGCACUUACCACUAAGACCAAAAUCAGUAGAGGUAGAUUCAGCUGCAAUAAGGAGCGUGAAAGAAACAGACGUUUUAAGUUUUGAUGAUAUAAUAUCUACCUCAGAUCAUUUAUCGCAUCCUACAGCAGAUAGGCCGAAGAGGCCUGGCAGGAGGCUUCCUGCUCGCUUCAAUGGCAGUGAUUCUUCUACUCCAGCUCUAAGCAUAGAGAAAAUUGUGAAGGGGCAUAAAGAGGAGGAAGGAAGUGCCAAACUAAAAUCACCUGAAGUUAAGAAGCCAUCCAUAUUUUCUUCAACACUUCUGUCUUCAUCACAAAGACCAAGUUCUGUUGUACUAAAUGCUGUUGAUGGGGAAACGAAACUGAAACAGGAAACAGAAGAAGGAGAAAAGGCUUCUUUGGAAGAGCUCAGGUCUCAGAUAUUUGACCUGCUAACUGUUGUAGAAACAAUGAAAAAAGAGCACAGGAAAGAACUGGAAAAAUUGAAAAGAGACUUGGAGGAAGAGAAACAGAUGCGAAGUAAUCUAGAGGUGGAAAUAGAAAAGCUCAAGAAAGCUGUCAUAACUACAUGAAAGAGCCAUAGACUGUGGGUCGUUAUCAUGCCAGGAUUUCAGAGUAAAAAAACCAACCAAGUUGACAUUUUUUUUUAGUUCAAACCAAUGAAUGAUAGCAUUCCAUUUUUUUAAAAAAAGAAUAAAUGAAUAUAAUCUAUUCAGUGAGCUAAGAGAAGAAAACUUUUUUGUUUCUUGCCAACAUAGGAGAGGCCUUAUUUCUUACUGUGCUGGAAUAGCAGACCUUUAUUUUCUUGGUUUGCUUGAAAAUACUACUGAAUCUGUAUAAAAAAGAGGUCUUAAUAGAUUUUUAUUGAAUAUCUAUAAUCUAAUUUUUAAGAGAUCUGUACUAUAAAUAAGGCAAUAUAUCUUUGGAAAGUAAUCUGUAAAAUAGUCCAUAGAGAAGGCACAUGGUGUAGCCUUGUAGUUAUUAGAGUUACUACUUUUCCCACCAUGCUAAAGGGAAUAUGAUAUUGUAUAUAUAUUUUUAAUUUUUGCAUCCUAUGCAGGGUUACACUAUUGUGCCUGUCUGCAGUGAGAGUAUUAAUAAUACACUGUUUUAUAGUUCAGGUUGAUACUGGGAGUUUCACCAAUCCUUAGCUGUACAACGUACUAAUAUUCCUUUAACUGAGCAGAGUAUUGUGUCACUUGCACUAUAGGAUUCAUAAAAGGGAUGUAUGAUUGGACAACACAAAAAUCUAUACCAAGAUGAUUGAAUAAAACACAGGAUAUCUCGGCAUGGGCAUGAGGCUGAAACUUUAUCAUUCAACCCACUGAAUUUUGCAGAACAUAAUAUGACAUGGCAUACUACGAGCACUGGAAUUCUGUGCUUUCACAAAUUUUAUUAUAACAUUACAGUAUCUUGCAGUUUAAAAGAUGUUUAGCGCUAAUCAUAAUAACAUUAUGUAUGAUAAUGAAAUGUCCAGAGCUACCAGUCUGUUAACUAAAUCUUAAAAUCGGGUAUAUCACCCACAGGGUUGUUAGCAUUUAAUAAGGCACAAAUGGAUUCUUAGAUAAAUACUUAACCCUUCAUAUACAUCAUAGUACUGCAUUAUGCUCUAGAAAUAGAAAUGAUUUAACUUUGUCUAAAAGGGCUUCUUUGGGAGUCCUUGUGUUUUCAUUUCCCCUCUCCCCAAUGAGGAACUAAAACUGAAGAUGUCUAGUCUUGCAGUGCAACUUGGACUCCAAGACUGAAAAGAGAACGUCCACCCAGUCACUCCUGUUCUUCCUGCUUUGUUGUCGUAAACCAUGCUGGAAACAGGCAAUAUUUUCAGAGUGAUUUUUAGGUUAACCAGAUUGGAAUAAAGUGAAGUCCUAACUCUUUCUAUCUCAGUUGAAAGGCUUGAUUCUCACCUCCUGCUCUCCUUAAAUAAGCAGAACUUGUCUGGCAAUAGUCUUUUCUCUUAGUUUGAAAAGAAUACCAAUAGUGCUUGUUUGCAAGUGAAGAGAGUGGGAUUUCUACUUGCAGAUAUAUCAGUUGUAGAUCAAUGGAUUAAAAUAUGGAAAUAAAAACCAGGGUGUAAAAACUUACAAUGUUGUUUGCUUACCAUAUUGGUGCAUAACUAAUGAGAAACUUCUAAUGAAUCCACUACUGAAAGAUACACCAUUUUGGCCUACCAACCAAGCUACCACUGAGCCUUCCCUUCCCCAAGUCCCAUGGCAUCUGCAGCGAACUCAGGGUACCGAGUCCUGUUUGCUGUUGAGAUGAUCUUUGCAAAAGAUGCAAUCAGCACCUCAAGGAGAAGGAAGUCAAACUACUCCUGCCUUCCUCACCAGGUGUAGAGAAAGUAUAAGUGGCUCCCAUCACACAAGCUGGACUUUUGCUGAAAGCACCAGAGUAUGUAGUUGCUGCUGCCUCGUCCAGAAUCCUAAUGGUCAGGGAGAGAAGCCCUCCCUCUCCUCUCCUAAUGUUCCAUGGAAAAAAUAAGGGACUGUUUUCCCUCUCCAUUGGAAUAUUGCAGGAGGCAGCAGCAGAAAGGCACUGCCUGUGCUUUCUGAAAAGCACAAUUUGCAGGAUAGAAACCACCUCUUCUUUUUUCUUCUUUUUUUGCAAAAAGCACCAUGAUGGAUAGGGAAUAAAGAAGGCGGAUUUAUUUUCUCUUCAUAUCAUAUUUUUGCAAGAGACAGCAAUGAGACACAGUUGGAGCUUUCUGCAAAAGGCCCAACUUGGCGCAAAACCACCUUUCCUUUCCUUCCAGUUCCUGGGAAGGAGAAGAAAAAUGUUUCCUUCUCCCCACCCCCCCACCCAUUAAAAAAAUGGGCUUUUGGAGAAAGAAACAGCAGCACCUACCUCCUAUGAAACUGAACAGGAAAGGAAGGAAGGGAAAACAUCUCAUUUUCUCCAUUGAGAAGAAAGGGUUUGUGGUUUCUCCAUGGGCUUUAUAUGGAAAGCCGCACGUAGAAGCUCCAGGUGCUUAUUUACAAAAGCCCAACUCACAGGAGUUCCUUUUCUGGAGACCUACUUUCCCACAAGCACAGCCUUUGGUGGAAGCAUGAGUACUUAUGGUGGAGGGGAAAGGCAAGUAGAUUUAUUGAACCCUGGUGAUUGUUCAACUGCAUCACAAAUUAAAAAAUAAGCCUCAAUAUGUGCUAUCUUGGAAGAAUGGCCAACAAAAGAACUCUUCUCUGACACUAACUCAUAACUCUGAUUAUGCAAUGCAAAUCACAAAUUGAGCCUGUUGAAAGGGGGUUCCUUUAUAUACUCUUCUCUCUGAUCCAGAGUGUUCGGCAAAAUGGUAUUAACAAUAGAUUGCUAUACUAGGAUUUUGUCUGCCUUGAAGCUUAUAGCAGAUAAAUAAGACAAUCAAUUAAAUCAGAAGUGUUAAUUAUUAAAUGGCCUUUUUGCUGUAGCAAUAAAUGACCAAGUGCAAUGACUUCAUUUAAUUAAAAAAAAUCUUCUAAAAGUCGCUGCUAUAUGUGUUUUAGCAAUAGGGGUCUCCCUAAUAAUAUGUCUGUCUUAAAUUAAUAUUGUGUGACGGGAAAUGGGAAGGUGAUGCAGACAUUCCAAAGAAUGCAAGUUAUUUCAAGCAGUAUUGCUUCACUGACUUGUUUACAGGUGCUGUAAAACCAUGCAUGCUAUCAAAACUCCAGAAAUAAAAUUAUAUGCUGUUAA